AUGUCGCACACAUCGGUGAAGCCAUUCUCGGAUCUCUCGAGCUUUCUGCAGCCGCUUCGUAUAGGAAUAGAUACCCUGUAUGAAUUGUCAUACCGCCUUUCCUUAACCUAUAAGAAGUUAGCGGCCUCCCCCGAACAUUUCUUCCCCACUCCCAUCACCCGACUGCCAACUGGACUGGAAACGGGUCGGUAUCUCGCGGUCUACGUGGGUCUCUCAUAUCUCCGGGUGGCCUUUAUCGAUUUGUUGGGUGAUCAACAGCGCGUGCGACGAACACUUGAAAAGGCUUGGCCAAUCGAGGAGCACCUGCGAAGAGACCGUGCCCCAGAACUGUUUACCUUCAUAGGAGACUGUAUUGCAGAUGUUGUUAGAGAUAGCUUGAACAAUCCAAAUGAAGAGGUACCGCGCGAGCUGACGACCGGUAUCUCUUUUUGCUUCCCCAUCAGACAAAAAUGUUUGAAUGAGGCCAUUCUCAUGCCAACAGGGAAAGGCUUCGCAUUGAAGACUGAUCUUAACUUGCACCAAGCAUUACUGGAUGGCUACGAGCGUCACACCUGGUCCCCCGGUGAAGAUGAAGAUGAGCAGCGGAUGCCUGCUAAACGACGAAAGCUUUUCAACCUUCCAAGGCUAAGGAUUGCAGCGAUGACAAAUGAUACUUCGUCAACACUUUGCUCGCUGGCUUAUACAAUCCACUCGUUCCCAAAUACGCGCGCAGUAAUGGGCUUCAUUGUCGGUGCUGGCUCCAAUGCUACUGUUCCAUUAAAGAUAGCCGACCUACAUGAGCGUAAAGUCCAGCAUAUCCGGGAGAAGGAUCCAAGUGCCCAGGAGGCUCUAGUGUCGACGGAGUGGACACUAUCUAGUGCCUCAACACCAAUCUUUGAGCUGGAUCUCCGAACUAAAUGGGAUAUAGAACUCGACAACCAUUGCGAAAGGCCGGGAUUUCAGCCGUUGGAGUUGAUGAUUGGCGGAAGGUAUAUUGGUGAGCUAGUGCGGCUCAUCGCCUUUGACUGGUUUCAUAAUGUGCUAGGCAUCCCACGCUCAGCAUUGCCUGUGAAACUGGUUACAGAACACUCGCUUUCGACAGAUUUCCUUUCUCUCAAGGUGGCUUCCAACCAGUCUGACGAGGGGUUAGCAGUGGAGCUGUCUCAGGAGCUGCCGCAGCCUUCGAUAAGUGACUGGCGUUGGACAGCGGAUUCCUCACGGGAUCUUCGUGUCAUUGCAAACUUCGUCCAGGACAGAGCGGCUUCCCUGGUCGCAGCAGUUAUUGUUGGUCUUCUUGUAUGCGCCGGAGAGAUCGCCUUGCAACCGCCUCACAAUCAUAGAGACUUUUUGACACUAGCUGCUUCGAAUGGCAACACACGGACUGAGGAGUCCACAACAAGGUGGAAGAAUGGCCCAGAAGAACUGGCUGUCGCUGUUUCCGGCGGAGUCAUGCAGCAUUUUCCACACUACAAACAAAAGGCUCAAAGAUACAUAGACCAGCUCCUGAUUCGUGCUGGCCCGCAACAAGGAGGCAAAAGUAUCUUUCUUCGAGAUGUGAAUGAUGGGGGACUAAUAGGUACGGGAAUUCUAGCAGGCACUACUACCGGGGAGAUCGGGGGCAUCAUAGGCUCCACCUUUGAAGCGUGA